AUGGAAAAUAACCAAUCAUUACAUGAAUCUGAAAAAUCACACUUUUAUAAUGCAAAAAUAAAAAAUAUACCCAAUGAAAAUGUUAAUAAUUACAUGAAUACUGAAAAUAAUAUUUUACAAGAUAAAUUACACCAAAAGAAAUGUAUAGAAAAGAAAGCUAAAUUAUGCACAGUAGAGAAUAAAAAUAUGAAUCUAAAUCAGAUCUCAAAUAAUCAAGAAAAAGGAAAUAAUAGGAAUGUAAUAAAUGAGAAAAAAAAAAUUUUACAAAAUAAUUAUAAUAAUUUUGUGGAUAAAAGUAUAGAUAAUAAUGGCUUAAAAAUGUUAACUGAAGAAGACAAUUAUAACACAAAAAAAUCUGAUAUUACCGAUAAGAAUUAUAAUAACAAUGUAGAUAAUACUGAAAAGAGCAACAACAAUUAUCAUGAUAAUAAUAGUGAAAAUUACAUUAACAACAUUAGUAAUAUGUAUAAUGAUAAGAAUGAUUGUAUAAAUGGAAAUAAUUAUAGUGGUAAGAAUAUUUGUUUUAAUAAAAUCACUAAUUAUAAUGUUAUAUAUAAUGAUACAAAUGUUACAAAUAAUUCAGAUUUAACUGUUAUCCAAAGUAAGAAAUUCCAAAAGAAUAAUAAAAAAAAAAAUAAUAAUUUAAGUAAAAAUAAAAAUAAUAAUUCUAAGAAGGUUGUAGAUAGUAAUAUUAAUUUAAAUGGUUUUAGUAAUUCUAGUGAUGAAAAACAAGAACAAACUUUUAGUAAUAUCAUUAAUGAUGAUAAUAAUAAUGAAAAUAACAAUAAUAGUAAUAAUAAUGAAAAUAGCUUUAAUAAUAAUAAGGAGAAUAACAAUAAUAGUAAUAAUAAUGAAAAUAAUAAUAAUAAUGAAAAUAAUAAUAAUAGUAAUAAUAAUAAAGAUAAUAAUAGUAAUAACUUUUAUAAUGAUAAUAAUAAUAAUAAUUUUAGUAAUGAGGAUAAUAAAAGUAAUAUUAAUAUGAAUAACAAUAAUGAUCAAAUCAAUAUUCAUAACAAUAUUCAUAUCAAUAAUAGCAAUAGUAUUUUGAAUCCUAAUAGUGAAAAUAUUAAUAAUUUUAAUGUUAAUGAUGGCAGUAAUUUCAAUGAAAUUUUAUCUUAUUCUUUAAAUGAUACAAACUUAUAUAAAGGGAACUUUAUUUAUAAUAAUAUUCCUAAAAAUUCAGCAAAUUAUAAUAUAAAUGAGGAAGUAAAUAAAGUUUUAAAGGAUCAAAUAAAUGAAGAUAAAAAUAAUAUGUGUAAUACAAAUGAUAAUGUAAAUAUGAAAAUAUAUUGUAGUGAUUCUAAUGAAUUUAAUACUUAUAAUUCCAAGGAGAAUUAUGAUAAUAAGAAAGAAAUUGAUUUAAACGAUCAAAUUAAAUCCAAUAGUAUUAAUAAUACUUAUCCAUCAUCAACAAAUAUAAAAGUAAUUAAAUCUUUCAAUAAUUCUCAUAAGUUAAAUAAUUUUUCUUAUAACGGUGAAUCAGAAGGUAAUAAUAAUAAUAAUAAUCUUGAAAGAAAUUAUUAUAUUAAUAAUUAUAAUAAUAUAAAAGAAAAAAAUGUGAAGGAAUUAAUAAAUCCUUCAUGUAUAGAUGUAAAUAAAUUUGAAAUUUCAUCUAAACAUAUAGAAAAUAAUAUAAAUUGCAAGAAUAAUUAUGUAAAUAAUAAUGUUGUUAAAAAAUCACCUUUCUUACAAUACGAGAAUAAUAUAAAUGACUAUGAUGUUCUUAAAAGUAAUGCAGAUGUAUUAAAUGCAGAAAAUAAAGAUAAUUAUAUAAAUUUUCGAAAUAAUGAUGAAAAAGAAUUUAAUUUUUUAAAGGAAUAUACUUUUUCUGUUUUAGAUUAUUUAGAUAAUUACAAAAAUAUUUGUAAUAAUGGAAAUAAAAAUAAUAAUAACAGUGUGGAUAAAAUGAAUGUUAAUUUAAAUAUAAUAAAUGAAGAUGAUGAAAAUGAAAAGAAAAAUUUGUAUCAUGUAGAAAAUAUAAGACAAGAGGAUUAUAAUUUAUGCAGACGAAAAGCGUUUGAAAAAAUGUCUAAAAAUGAAAGUAAUUAUGAAGGACAAGAGAAAGACAACUUUAUUAAUAAAGAAUUUAAUCAUGAACAUAUUUUAAAAAGUAGUAAUAAUGAUUUAAAUAUUCAGAAUUUGAAUAAUUCUAAGGAAAAUUCUAAAAAUUAUAGUAUUUCUUUUAGUAGUAGUAAAAACGAAAAAUAUAUGGAUGAUUUUGCAUGCAAUUUAAAUAAAUAUAGUAAUGAUUUAUUAAAUUUAGAAUAUAAAAUAAGUAGAAAUGAAAAUGCAAAUAUUAAAAAAUAUGAUGACUUCAAUAAAAUAAUAUAUAAUAAUUUUGAUGAUAAUUUGAAAAUGAAGAAAAAUAAUAUACAUGGAAGGAAUGAAAAUUUUAAAAUUUCUUCAAAUUGUGAUUCAAAUUAUGUAAAAACAAGCAGAAAUUUUGAAAAUAAUGGAAAUAUUAAUUAUGAUAAUAAAUUAGUAAGUAAUUCAAUUGAUUGCAAUGAAGAAAGAGGAGAAAAUUAUGAUGAAAAUAAUAAUUUAAAUAAUAAUGAAAGUGAUAAUUUUAUUGAAAACAAUAAUUUUAAUGAAAAUAAAGAUAUUUAUAAUAUAACUUACAAUAGUAAUGAUAGAAAUAAAUUUUUUUAUAGAUUAAAUGAUAAUACCAAUGAAAACAUUAUUAAUAAUAAUAAUAAUAUUUUAGGAUUACAUUCAAGCAAUGUAUCAAUUGAUAGAAGUAAAAAUAUUAUCGAAUCAAAUAGUGAUACAUGUGAUGUUCUAAAGGAAAUUAUAAGCAAAAAUAAACAAGAAAAUUUUAAAGACGUUAAUAUUGUAUAUAAUUCUUUAAAUAACACUAAUGACAUAAAUGAUAAUAUAUGUAGAAAACAAAACCAUAUGGGUCAUAAAAAUAUUUUAAAUAAUGGUUAUUUUAAAUGUGAUGAUACUCAUUCAAAAUCUUAUAGAAAUAAUAAUAUUAAUAACAGUAAUUCUGAUAAUAAUAAUUUUAGAAAUAUUGAAUAUAAUAACUAUUAUUACGAGAAUAAUGCUAAAAAUGAUAAUGCAAAUAAUAAUAAUAAUAAUAAUGAAAAUAGCAAUAAUAAUAAUGAAAAUAAUAAUAAUAAUAAAAAUAGUAGUAAUAAUAAUAAUAACAAUAAUAAUAAUAAUGAUAAUAAUAAUAAUAAUAAUAAUAAUAAUAAUAAUAAUAAUAAUAAUAAUAAUAAUGAUAAUAAUAAUGAUGAUAAUAAUAAUGAUGAAAAUAAUAAUAAUAAUGAAAAUAAUAAUAAUAAUGAAAGUAAUUAUGAAUAUAAUAUAAAUUAUAGUGAUGAUAAUGCAAUUAAAUUAAUAUUAGAAACAAAUUAUUUAAAAGAAAAUGUAAGAAAUGAAAGUGUAGGGAAUAAUAUAAAUUAUGAUGAAAAUAAUAAUGUGGUAAAUAAUAAUUUCAGUUUAUUUUUAAAUAGUGAUGAGUUAAGUUAUAAUAAUUUAUCUUCCAAUAGUAAAAUUAUUGAUAUGAAUAAUAGUAAUGGAAAUCAAGUGAAUGAUUUUAAUAGUGAUACAUAUAAAUGUAUGAAUGAAAUGGAUAAUUUAUUAGAUAAAAAUAUAAGUAAAAUGGAGAAUAACUUUAACAAUAAUUGUUAUAAUAUAAAUAAAAACACUGACUCAUUUAUGAAAUAUAUAAAAAAUUUUCUUGAAAAAAAUUAUUUAAACGAUCAAAAAAAUUAUAUGAAUUUAUAUUAUAAAAGUAACAUGAAUAGUAACAUUACAACAAAUAAUACAUCAGUUAUAAAUAACGAAGAUUAUUAUAACCAUAUAGCAAAUAAUAUUUUUGAUAAUAAAAAUGUGAAUAUAUCUGAUAUUAAUAAUGUUAGAAAUUUGAAUGCUUCUACUGGUUACAAUAAGAAAACAAAUGAUAAUGUUAAUAAAAACAUUUAUAACUUUGAUAUGAAUAAUAAUACGAACAAUAUUAAUAAUGUUAAUUGGAUAAUAAAUGUUAAUAAAAUUAACGAUGCUAAUAAUAACAAUAUAGGUGACAUUAAUAAAAAUAAUGUUAUUAAUGAUACUAAUAAUGUUCAUAAUGAUAAAAUGUAUGAUAACGAAAGAAAUAUUAACCAUAUUAAUAUUACCGAUGUAAACAAUGUAAGUGUAUUUAUGAAUAAAAAAGAGAAUAUUGAAUAUUCGAAUUUUUAUAAUUCUUUGAAUGAUAUAAAAAAUGAAGAUAUGCAUACUAAAAAUAAAUUAGAUAAAAAUAAUAUAAAUGAUAAACAAAAUUACUGUUCAAAUAGCAUUAAUUAUCAUGUAAAUGAUUAUCAAAACUCUAUUAUAAAUGAUAUGAAACAUGAAAAUAAAGAUAUUAAUAUUAUUGAUUCUUUUAAUAUGGUUAAUUUAAAUAAAAGUUAUAACAAUAACAAUGAUCAUAUAAAUUCUGGAUAUUUAUAUGAUAAAUGUAGAAAAAAUGAAACAUAUAAUAACAAACGCGAAUACAUUUUAAAUGAUGAAGCAUCUUUACAUUUAAAUAAGAACACAGAAGCAAAUAUAGAAAGGUGUUUUAUGAAUAAUGUAAAGAAUUUGGACAAUAAUUUUAAAAAAAAAUUAUUAAAUGAUUAUACUAAUACUAUGAAUAAUAUAGAGUUAAUAAAUAAAUUAAGUAAAUCUGUAGAAAAUACUUUUUUGAAAGAUUAUAAUAAUUAUAAAGAAAAUAUGAAUUAUUAUAGUAAUAUAAAAAAUGAAAAUCUAGAUAUUUUGCAUAAAUUGUGUGAAAAUCCUUUAUUAAAGGAAAAUAAAAACAUAACAAAUUCUAAGGAAACUGAGAUAAGAAAUGAUAACAUUUUAUUUUUAGAUAUAAAUGAAAACACAAAUAUAGGUAAUUAUGUAUAUAAUAAACAAUAUAAUAAUUUAAAAAUGAAUAAUGAUAAUGAUGAUGAUGAUGAUAAUGAGCAAAAUAAGAAUUUAAAUGAAGAUAUAUAUAACAAUGCAAACAAUUUUUUAAAUGAAUAUAAUAUAUCUAGAAAUGUAAAUAGAAAUGAAAUUAUUAAUGAUGACGAAAAUGCUAAUCAUACAAAUAAUGAUGCAGAUGGAGAUGAUAAUUUUGAUUUAAUAAAUUGUGAUAUGUCUCUUUUAUCAAAUUUUAAACAUAAAAUAAAAGUGAAUAAAAUUAAUGAUAUACAUGAAAAAAAUUUAUAUAAUUCUUUAGAAAACAAUAAAGGGAAUGACUUAUUAAAUAAUGUGAUAAAUAAUAAUAAUGCCUCUUUAAACAAUACAAGGAUUGUAAAAAAUUAUUUAAGUAAUUCAAUAAAUAAAAAAAAUGAAUCAUCUCUAAAAAAAAAACUAGAUGAAAAAAUGAUGAAUUUGCUUAUUAUGAAUAACAAUGGAAAAUCAAAAACUCAAAUAAAAGGAACUAAUAAUGAAAAAUCGAAAAUUUCUAGUAAUAAAAAUUCUAAUUCUGUUAAUUAUUUUUUAAAUGAAGUUUUAUCUGAUAAUAAUAGUAGUAAUAAUAAUAAUAAUCAUAAUAACAAUAAUAAUAAUAAUAAUAAUAAUAAUAUUAAUAAUCAUAAUAAUAAUAAUAAUAAUAAUCAUAAUAAUAAUAAUAAUAAUAAUAAUAGUAGCAAUAAUAAUAGUAGCAAUAAUAAUAGUAGCAAUAAUAAUAGUAGCAAUAAUAACAAUAAUAAUAAUUAUAAUAAUAGUAGUAGUAGCAGUAAUAAUAAUAAUAAUACUAAUCAUCAUAAUAGUAGUAGUAGUAGUAAUAAUAUUAUUAAUAAUGAUAGUAUAAGGAAUAUUUUAAAAAAAAAUAACAAUAACAAUAAUAAUAUUAACAAUUUAAAUAUUGAUAUAAAUAGUUAUUCAAUGAAUGCAACAAAAAACAUCAAUAUAAAAAAGGAUAUAAAUAAUAACAAAAAAAUUGUAGCCUUUUAUAAAUCAUCAAAUAAUUGUAUGGAAUCUUUUGAAAGUAAUUUAAAUAUAAAAAAUCCUAGAUUAAAAGAAAAAGUAAACAAUGAUAUUGAAAACAACUUAAGUUCAUUGAGAUCAAAAAAAAUAUAUAACAUAAAUAAUAAUAAUAUUAAUAAUAAUUUUUAUAAUUAUAAUUCAUUAAAUUUUAUGAAUUAUAACAUUUUAAUGGAAAAUGAGAAAAAUAAAACGAAACAACAAAAUUUAAGAAGUAGUAAUGAUUUAAAUGUCUCUAAUAAUUAUGAGAUGAAAGUUAAAAAAUCAAAUAAUAACAUUAAUAAUAAUAAUAAUAACAAUAAUAAUAAUAAUAAUACUAAUAAUAAUAAUAUUAAUAAUAAUAAUAAUAAUAACAUUAAUAAUAACAAUAAUAAUAAUAAUAAUAGUAAUAAUAAUAAUAAUAAUAAUAAUAAUAAUAGUAAUAGUAAUAGUAGUAAUAAUAAUAAUAAUAAUAGUAAUAAUAAUAGUAAUAGUAAUAAUAAUAAUAAAAAUGAUAAAGUAAAUAUAUUAAAAAUAAAUGAUUAUAAUUAUGCUAAAAGUGCGUCUACAAGGUGCGCAUCUGAUACUACUAUAAUUGAUUCACAGAAUUUGAAUAACUUACAUUUAAGAUUAAAAAAUACUAACAUUUCUAAUUAUAUAAAUAAUUCUAAAACUUUUGAUAAUAAUAUAAAAUGUUCUAACAGAUUAAAUGAUGAUAACAAUAGUAUAAUUGAGAGAUUAAAAGUGUAUGAUAAAAUUAAAUAUGAUAUGAAAUUAUCAAAUAAUAGUAUAAUUUAUGAUCCUAUAAAAAAUAAAGAAAAAAUUAAUAAUAAAUAUAAAACAUCUAAUAAUAAUAUUAAUGAAAAUAAAAAUCUUUCGUUUUAUGAAGAAAAAGAAAAAUUAUCUAAUGAUAAUAAAAUUAUAGAAAAACAGAAUAGUAAUAAUAAAAAUUAUAAUUUUAUAAAAAAUCAUUAUUUACCAAAUGAGAUAUCAGAUAAUUUUUUGGUUAUAAAAAAAUACACAGCUAAAUAUGAAGUUCAAAUUGAUCCAUAUAAUGGUUUUGAUAUAGCGAAAAGAAUAAUUGGAUUAAAAGGAACUAACAUGAAAAAAAUUUGCAUUGAUGCUGAUUGCAAGUUGAGAUUAAGAGGAAGAGGCUCAGGAUAUUUAGAAGGAGAAGAAAAAAAAGAGGCUAAUGAAUCUUUACAUUUAUGUGUAUCUUGUCAAAAAUAUGAUCAUUACGUUUUAGCAAAAAAAUUAAUAGAACAAUUAUUAGUAAAAAUUUAUAUGGAUUAUGAUACUUGGCUUUUUAAUCAUGGUAAACCAUAUGCAAAUUUAAAACCAAAAACUUAUGAAAAAUUUAUUCCAUUAUAUAAAUUUCAAUCUAAUUCAAACCAAAAACAAAACGUAAAUCAAAAUUGA